AUGGACUCUGGAAUCAUUGACAUUCCCGUUGUGAUCAUCGGGGGAGGCGGGGUCGGACUGUCACUAUCUUGCUUCUUGUCCGAUUACAAAGUCAAGCAUGUGCUGUUCGAGAAGCACCCGUCCACAUCCAUUCUGCCAAAGGCUCACUAUCUAAAUCAACGUACUCUAGAAACAUUCCGUCAACAUGAAAUAUGGGAUGCGGUCACAGCGCAGUCUGCACCCCUCCAUAACAUGAGCCGCGUCGAGUGGCGCACAACUCUUGGAGGAGAUGGGCCAUUUGACCGCAAACUAAUUAGCACGAUGAAUGCUGCUGGCGGAGGCCCGACCACACCAACUUCUGAAGCGUAUAAACGAGAUUCCCCCGUCUCUUCGUCAAAUCUUCCAUUACUGAGACUCGAACCGAUCCUUCGUGGUAUCGCCGAGGACCGUAACCCGAACGGCGUGUUCUUUAAUGCCAAGGUUGACGAUUUCGAAGAGAUUGAUGAUUCUGUAAUCGUCACCGUCAGUGAUGCACAUGGAUCCCUCACCCGAUAUCGGGCGCAAUACGUCGUUGCUUGCGAUGGUGGAAAGAUGUCCACGCUGAAACUCGGUAUUAAUAUGGAGGGGCCGGCGGGAAUCAUCGACUUUGUGAGCACCCACUUCAAGGCUGAUUUGUCGGAUUACUGGGACGAAAGAACGCUUAUCACUCACUUUAUCAACCCAGAGGGCGGGUCCAUGGCCCACCUCGACUGUGGUGCCCUUCUCCAGAUGGGUCCAACAUGGGGUCGCUAUUCGGAAGAAUGGGUUCUUACCUUUGGUUUUCCAAUGAACGACAGCAAACGCUUCGAGACAGAUGCUCUACCAGCACGAAUUCGUCAGCUCCUCAAGCUUCCCGAUCUAGAGAUGGAGGUAAUGCAUGUCAACCACUGGGUUCUCGAUAGGGUGGUCGCAGAUAAGUAUCGAGUUGGCCGGGUUUUCAUUGCUGGAGACGCAGCUCAUCGACGACCACCAGCCUCGGGAUUAGGACUCAACACUGGCAUUGAGGAUGCCAAAAAUAUUGCCUGGAAGCUGGCAUUUGUACUGGAUCACAAAGCCGACCCGUCACUACUCGAUACGUACGAGUCAGAAAGGCGUCCCGUUGGCAUUCGUAACAGCGACUGGGCCUACUUUAGCUUCAGCAAUAUGAAUGUCCUUAGUGCAGGCGUUGGCGCGAUUCCAGGUGCGAAAGAGUUCAACGACCAACGCUUCGCCCAGCUUUUCGAGGAUAGUGAACGUGGCCGAUCAGCGCUUCACCACCUUCGUCGUGUCCUUCAGACACAAAAUGUUGAGUACAGCGCCCAUGAUAUUGAACUUGGGUUCAGCUAUAGCUGUGGCGUCUUGGUUUCCGACGGGACCACCGCACCUGUGCCCGAUCCUGAAGGCCAGAUAUACAAGCCCACGACCCGUCCGGGCCACCGCCUUCCGCAUGCUUGGCUCCUCCAAGAAGGGACCGCAGUUUCAACCCAUGAUCUUAUGAAGACUGCUGGAGCAGACUUUGUGCUUCUAACGGAUGAAACUGGCGACAAAUGGGUCAAGGCUGCCGAAAAACUCACAAAGGAGACUAAUGUCAAAGUUUCCACGACUCAGAUCAGGGCAAAUGACUUAACCAAGCCGAAGGGCCUCUACCUCGACCAUCAAGAUUCAUGGGCUCAGCUUAAAGAGGUUGCCGCGGGUGGAGCUGUUCUCGUUCGUCCGGAUAAUUUUGUGGCGUGGCGAAGCACCCAGCUUAGUGAGCAUCCUGAGGAGGAUUUGGGCCACGCUCUCGCCAAUCUAAUGCGCCAAGAUUUGCAUCAGGCCCCCUCAAAAGCUGAGGUCGAAAUCGGGGGAGCCAAGCUUGAGAUCGCUGAGCACGGAAGUGACGAUGAGUCGAGCAUCACAACCUCCAGCAGCAUCGCCACCCCAGUAAACGAGCUCACCGAGCCGAAAGGGGAGGAUUCAAUAACAGGAACACCGGGUGAAAAGGGCACAGGCAAUCUUGUUCGAGUCGUCAUUAAUGAACUGCAAGAUUCAGCAAGCAACAUGUAA